AUGGCCCACAAGAUGCGUAAGGAUGUGGAGAAGAGAAGACUGUACCCAGGCGCAGCGCGCAGCCGCAGCCACAGGCACACUCAGACCUGCAGUCACACCGGCCUGCGGCGCGGCGCCCCGCCUCGCCCCUUCCGGAAACGCUCCCCACCGCGAGUCCGCGCCGCGGAGGAGGAUGGGAAGCGAGCCUCCCGGACCAAUCUGCGCCGGUGCAGACGCAGUUCUCCGCCGGGGGCGCCGGGCGGCGCAUGCGCAGGCGCGAGGUUUCCGUUGAGAAGGUGCCGCGGCGGCGCCGGAGGCCCAGCUAGGCUCGUUCUCGGUCCCCAGAUUGACCCUCACUCCUCUGACGACCAGCCUGAAAGCCUUGAAACCGGUCACAUGAUGGAUGACUCAGACGAUGAUUUUAAGGAACUCUGUGCCACCUUUUUCCAAAGGGUGAAGAAAAAUGGCACCAAAGAAGGGUCAGGGGAAAGGAAGACACAAAAGGCCUCAGAUGGCACUCAGACAAGCAAACCGAAAAGGACCAAACCAACUGCUACCAAGAGCAAAACCCUUCAAGGCCCCAGGGAGAGGAAAACUCGAUCUGGCAGCCAGGGCCCUAGGACUAAAAAGCAAGGGGCACGCAAGUGUCAGGAGAGAGAACCAGCUCCCCCUGAGGAUGGGGAGGGAGGCGUGUGUGCUUCUGCUGUGUUCCAGGAAUGUGCGCGGAGCACCCAGUCAGAGGCUGCUCCUGACAGCAUCUCCCAGCCGCCUCCUUCCUGUCUGACUGCAAUUGUGCCAAGUCCCUCCAAACCCCGGACGGCAGAGCUGGUCCUACAGCGAAUGCAGCAGUUCAAGAGAGCAGACCCGGAGCGUUUGAAACAUGCCUCGGAAGGGAGCUCCCUCAAGGCUGCACUUGAAGAAAACCUCCCAGUGGGCCUUGGAGAGGAGAUGAUGGCAGGGAACGGAUCUGGGCCCAUGCUGCCUGCUACAGAGAGUGAUGCUGCAGUGGCCUUGGCCCUGCAACGGGAGUUUGGGCAGGAACGAGCAUCUGCACAUGAUGACAGCCUGGAGGACAAGGGGUUGUUCUUCUGCCAGAUCUGUCAAAAGAACCUCUCAGCUAUGAACAUGACACGAAGGGAGCAGCAUGUGAACCGGUGCUUGGAUGAGGCUGAAAAGGCGCUGAGACCUUCCGCACCUCAGAUCCCUGAAUGCCCAAUUUGUGGCAAGCUAUUUCUCACCCCAAAGAGCAGGAUCAGUCACUUGAAACAGUGUGCAGUGAAGAUGGAGGUUGGCCCCCAGCUCCUGCUCCAGGCCGUGCGGCUGCAGACAGCUCAGGCUGAGGGGUCUUGCAGCACACCGGCAUCAGGCUUCAGCAAUCACGUUGGAGGUCUGAAGCGGAAGGGAGCCACCAACAAGAAGGAGCCGAAGAAGAGGCGGAAGGUCAACGAGCCUGAGGCGCCGUCCGAGGACCUGCUGGUGGCCAUGGCUCUGUCCCGGUCUGAGAUGGAGCAGCAAGCAGUGCCGGCCACACUCAGAUUGGGAAACACUUUUUCUGAGAGGACAAGACCGGGAGCAGAGAAGAAGAGUCGCAAGAAGAAAGCUCUUGCUUCCGCCCCCCAGCUGUUAGUCCAGGACUCGGAGACCACAGGGAGACAGAUAGAGGAUCGCGUGGCCCAGCUCUUUGCAGAGGAAGUGGAGUUGUCCAACACGCCACCACUUCCUGGGAGCAGAAUUUUAAAGGAAGAGCUGGAAAAGGCCAGCUGGUGUCUGCAACUACCUAGAGGGAAGCAGAACUUUCUGUGGGAGCGCAGUGCCCUGACCGGGGCCUUGACGCUGGAAUCCUUUUACACGGCAAGCCUGGUCCCUCCCAUGGUGCCCCAGCGGCCUGCCAAGGGUCUCACACAGGAGCCUACGCUGCCACCAGUGCUACCUGACCAGCCAGAGCCAGGUGUGCGAACACCACCUGCUUUCCACAGCACCUGUUCUGCAGGUGGAACCCCCAGGAAUCCAUCAGUCUCUGCCAGCCAGAGGGAUCACCAGGCCCUGCAGGACCUCAUAGACCUGGCAGGAGAGGGGCUGAGCGCCAGCCCGUGGCCCUGCAGAGGGGGCCUGGCCAGCUUGGGAGAGACCUCAGGGAUGGACUUGUCACCCGGUGGCCUUCCACUGACUGGCUUUGUCCUGCCACGCAAGGAGAAGCAGCUGGAGAGGGGCGGCCAGGCUUCGCUCUCCCUCGGUUUGCUGGUGGCUGACUUCAGUGCCAUGGUCAAUAACCCACACCUGAGUGACGUCCAGUUUCAGACAGACAGUGGGGAGGUGUUGUAUGCUCACAAGUUUGUGCUUUAUGCCCGAUGCCCGCUUCUCAUUCAGUAUGUAAACAGUGAAGGCUUCUUUGCUGUAGAGGAUGGAGAUCUGAGAACCCAGCGUGUCCUGCUGAGUGACGUGAGCACUGAGGCCACCCGUGCAUUCCUGCAUUAUCUCUACACUGCGGACACUGGCCUGCCUCCCCAGCUGACCCCUGACCUGAGUUCCCUGGCCCACAGGUUUGGUGUGAGUGAGCUUGUUCACCUGUGCGAACAAGUGCCUGUCAUGAUGGAUUCAGAGCGUGGGCAAUGGAAAGAUAAAGAAGACGAGGAUUGUGAAAGCAGAGCUGAGAAUUUCCAAGAACUCUUGAGGUCAAUGUGGAUAGAUGAAGAGGAAGAAGCAGAGGCUUUGUCGAAAUCUGAGAGCCAUGAAGAAGACAGAGAAAAGGUGAAUGAAGCAGAAAUGGAAGAAAUUUAUGAAUUCGCAGCUACUCAGCGAAAGCUGCUCCAGGAGGAAAGAGCUCCAGAGAUCAAGGAAGAAACCAACCAACUUGGGGAGGAUGACCCAGUUUCUGGGCAAAUCUUAGCGAGCGUCCAGGUUAAAGAACAGCUGGAAAAUGGAGAACAAAUGGAAUCUUCUGGUCAAGGAAGAGACGAGACCUCAGCCAAGUGGAAAAAUGUGAGACAGUCCAUGCUCCUGGCGCUCGAGGGCCAGUGUUCAGAUGGGGAGGAGAAAGCAGAGGCCCCAAAGGAAGCAUGGGAUCGUUCCAGCUCCUCUAGCCCUCCUCAGAGCUGCCGGGCAGAGAGAAAGGAAGGCACCUUUUUGUAUUCAGUUGAUGUUGAUGAUGAUGAUGGUGAUGAUGGUGAUGCUGAGCGACCCUUUUCAUCAACUCAGGGAGGAUACCCUGAACUGUCCCAAAUAAGUGAUCCCAAGGAAGGAAACAGCACUACUGGGGAAAGAGGGGUGGAGAGUUCCCUAACCCCCGCUAGAUGGCAGGCACCCCCAUCGCACCCGUGCUUCCUCCCGUCACAGCCCCUUCAAGGCAGGAGUCCCGGUCGGCCACACCCUCGCCCUCAUCACACAAGCGACUCAUCUCCGCUAACCCCCCAGUUGCAGGGCGGAGCUUCCAGGGUGGCCUCCCAGGACUCACCAUCCAAGCAGAAGAAGGGCAAGAGCCUUCUCACGUUACUUAAAGAUUCAGGCCACCAGAAAGGCGAAGAAUAUGGUUCUACAUUGGAACGCAGAAAUAAAGGGGUCCUAAUCUCCCCAGAAAAAUCUCCGUCCAUUGACCUAACCCAGUCAAAACCUGGCCAUUUGAGCUCCAGAUCUCAGAAGCCUCCAUCUACUGUCAACAGAGAAGAUGAGAUUAUCCUUUUACUGGAUUCAGAUGAAGAGUUGGAGUUGGAACAAACCAAAAUAAAGUCAGUUUUUAAUGAUCCCCUGGAAGAAAGGAAAGUUCUAGAAGUUAGCCCCAAGUCUUCUGAGCUGUUUCCUAUCAUCGACGUUGAUGCAGAUCAGGAACCUUCCCAAAGCCCACCAAGAAGAGAGGCCACUUUGCAGGGGGAGGAGGAUGGGCCACCGGGGAACCAGGGCUCUGUGGGUGGCAGAGGGACCCCCCGGCUGUUCUGUGAUCCCGAGAGCAGCCCUGACGAGGACAGCAACACAGAUAACUCGUGGCUGGUACCCGCCACCCCGCUGGCCAGCAGAAGCCGUGACUGUUCAUCACAGACCCAAAUCACGGGCCUCAAGUCCAGGACUUCAGCAGAUCAAAUGGUUCAGCUCAAGCCCAGGGCCCCGUUACACAACACGGAUGUACCCAAAGCUGUGAAUAAGUUUUCGGUGAUUGUGCCACAGACAUCAUCGUCAUGCCUGGUUGCCGUCGCUCCUGGAAGCCCUGACAGUGGAAGGCAGGUCUACAGAAGCCUUUCCAGUCCCCAUCCCAAGCACCACAAGCACUUUCCUCCUCUGGCUCCCUGUCCGAUCUCAGGAGGCCUUGCUGAUUUCACUGGGCAGUUCCAGAAGCGCUCGCCGCCUGGGCCCAGCCUGCCGAGUCAGGCCACAGCGAGUGAAGUGGUGGAGGUUGAGGACAGUGAAGAUGAGCAGGAGGUGGCCUCCCGGCAGGUGAACAGCAGCCCCCUGCUGGACAGUGAUCCCCCAAUUCCAGUUGACGAUUGCUGUUGGCAGGUCGAGCCCCUCUCACCGAUUCCAAUUGACCACUUGAACCUCGAGCGGACUGGCCCCCUGAGCACCAGUAGCCCUGGCGGUAGGGUUGGGGAGGCCCCAGACAGCGGUGACUACCACUCUCCAGCAUUCCUGGGUACCACUCCUAUCCGAGGAAGCUGCACUGGCCGAAGAAAGUCUCAAGAGAAAUCCCUGCGGGCCGGCUCCCCUGGGAGCAGCAGGCCGAGCCUACUGAAUUCAGCUCUGUGGGAUGAUUGGGAUGGAGAAGAACAGAAGUCUCCAGAGGUUCUUCUGGCCCAGACACUGAGUGCUGAUCAAGCUCAGAAAUCAGAAGAGUUAGAGACACCAAAAGGUGCUAAUCGGAAGAAGAACUUGCCCCCGAAAGUGCCCAUAACUCCAAUGCCAAGGUAUUCCAUCAUGGAGACCCCAAUACUGAAGAAAGAGCUGGAUAGGUUUGGGGUCCGCCCUCUGCCCAAACGCCAGAUGGUCCUGAAACUGAAAGAGAUAUUCCAGUACACUCAUCAGACGCUGGAGUCAGACUCCGAGGACGAGAGUCAGUCCUCACAGGUGCCCCUGGAGGCUCCGCACAGCCAGACCCACAUCACCAAGACCUCCAAGGCUUCAAGGGCAGCUGAUCUUGCUCGGCUGGAAGCCACUUCUGGCCCUGGUCCCCAAAGGUCCAAGGGACCCACUAAGACCAAGGGCUCCCGACAUGGAAAGAAGCAGCCCGGUGGAAGCAUCCCCACCCUGGGCACGUCAUCGGCUGAGGAGGGGCCUCCAGGCCCUGAUGGUGACGCCCAGCUCCCAGCCUCCCAGGAAUCCACAGCCACCUCUGCGGAUGGCAGUGACAGUUCCUUUGGCUCACAAAGUUCUUCCUCCUGUGAGUUUGGAGCGGCCUUGGAGUCUGCAGGAGAAGAUGAGGAGGGUGAGGAGGCAGCCGCCCAGGCAGUGGCCACAGAGGAGGCAGUGAGGCGCUACAUCCGCUCCAAGCCGGCCCUCUACCGCAAGGUGCUGCUCUACCAGCCCUUUGAGCUGGCAGAGCUACAGGCCGAGCUGAAGCAGCAUGGCAUCCGCAUGGCCAUGGGGAAGCUGCUGGAUUUCCUGGACGCCCACUGCAUCACCUUCACCACCGCCACGGCCCGCAAGGAGAAGCUCGAGAAGAAGAGGCGGCAGCCUGUGGGCAAGAAGAAGGGGGGCAGAUCUGACAAGCCUAUGCCCCCAUCCCCAGCCCUGGCCGUCAGCAGCCUGUGAGGGUCUGCAGCCCCCGUUGGCAGCCAGGCCUCCCCAGGUGUUUCUGGGCUUCGACACCACAUCCUCUCCCCCUGUGAAAAGGACGACAGCACUGACCUGGAUCGUCCUCUUGACUCCAUUUCCCACAUGGUGUUCAGAGCACGUCGCCCACUGGAUUGAGGGCCCCGGGACCCCUCCCUCUGUUGGUGCCCAGAGUUUGUCUCCCAUUAACCCUGUUGGGCCCCCAUGUGUUUCAGAAGGGCAGUGGGCCACUGCCAGCUGGCCGGAGCGAGGCUUGAUUCAGCCUCUCCACAGCCUCGGAUUCAGUCUUUUGUUUUCCGUGUCCCUCAGUCGCAGGUAUCCAUGUCCUGAGAUGGAUGUUCAGGUCCAGCCUGUCCCUGCCCCAUCUGUCUUCUCAGCACUCGGGCUGUAACCCCAGUCUCCACCAGCAGACCAGGUGUCCACAGGCUUCCUACACUGCCAUGUCCCAGGUGCUCUGCUGGGCCAGCCAUCCUGCCCAGACAUCUGUCAGUGUCACCAGCAGCCUCCAAACUGGACAGUGCAGAAGGGCCCAGAACAGCUCUGAAGCCCCCAAGACAAGCCUGUUCUUUGUUAACUGGUUCUGCAGGUGUGUGGUAAAGCUGCCUCCGGCCUCAGGAGCAGUGCGGGGUACAGGUGAGGGCCAGUAAGAAGAAGAGUUGGGUCUUUAAUCCUUGUGAAUGUCUUGUCUGUUUUAAAUACAGUGCAGUCCAUUUUAUAUGACGUGCAAUAAAAACAAAAAGGCUUUAUAAAAACCUUCCA